CAGUUUAUUAUCGGAUUUGUCCAAACGUACGCCCGCAGCUGCAUAAAGCCAUAAAGCAUCUAUUAAUAAUAGUGUUUUCCGAGUAUAGACCCAAACGUUAAUAACGACCGAUUAAUUAUAGUGAUUAUAUAAUAUGUCUAUAUCAGUAAUAAUAAUAUUAUAUUUUUAAUCUUAUCAUUAUGUUUGCAAUCGGAAAUCGCCCAAUCGUAACAAUGUAUUAAAAUAAACAAUUAUUAAAACCAGACGACGCCGCGAGCACGACGGUCGACAGCGACGACACGCGCCACACACACGCAUUUCGCGCACCAAACGAUUGGUUAAGUUUAAUUAUUUUCAUAGUUUCUUUCAUUGUUACUUGUGAUUUCUGACUGUACCGAGUUGUGACUUUCCGUACGAUAUCACAUUCAUAGUCCAAUAAUAUACGUUCCUUUCAACUUUGAUUUGGAAAGACUAUUUGGUAACUGAUUUGUCUAGAUAUUUAUCGUUAUACAAUGUGGUGUGUAGUUGUUUUUAAGGAUGAUAAUUCGGUUGAAGCUGUGCCUUCGCAUUGGUAUAAAAACCAUAAAUGCGCUUGGCCGAGAAAAAAUGCUAAAAAAAUGAUAACACGCAGAUCAUUACCAAAUAUAUUGGAAUUUGAUUAUUUAGAAGCCCGUAAAUUGAAUAAUAAAAGCUAUGACACUUAUGCAAUAGCUCGUAACAAAGCUAAAAUAUCUGAAAUUACCUCUGAUCUAUCUACUACUGAACUAUCUGAAUCAACCCAAAACUUAUACCAUACAAAAAACAUUAAAAAAAGGAAAAUUGAAAAAAAGAAAAAAUUGUAUGAUGAGGAAAUGUGGAGUCCAGCUUCUGAUGAUGAUUUAAUAAUUGAACAAGAAGAUAUCAAUACAGCAAUGGAAUCCAAUACAUCUAUGGAAUUGAACAUUGUGAAUGUUACACCAACUGGUUCAACAUUACAAUCAGAUAAUAUCCCCAGUGGAACAUUAAAUGUAAAAAGAAAGCUAAGUUAUUAUGUAGAACAUAGUGUACCAGAGUCACCAAAAAUUCAGAAAGGUUCGGAAUUUCCAUCAAAUACUGUAAUUUUUUCAUCAUCUUCUCCAUUUAAAGUGACGACUGAAGAAAAUAUACCUCAAGCUGUUCAAUCACUUCAAAUGGAGAGUACUAGUAACAGAAAAGAAAAAAACUUAUUCGAUUUGUCAGAUUAUCUGCAACCUUCUCAACAAUCGUUGAAUUUGUCAACAGACUAUCAACCUGCUCAAAAAGAUAAAUUACUAGAUCUUAUGUACAAAAUGAACCGUACUAUAUGUAAUAUCAAGUAUGAUAUUAUGUCACUAUCUGAAAAAAUUGAUGGUUUAAUAAAUACAUCUGAAAAAACUGGUUAUGGUGAGAUGUUAACUGAUGAGGAUACAUUUCAAAAGGAAAUAUUUCAAAUCCUUCCUAUAGAAAAUGAAGAAGACUUGUCAUUGUUUGAAUCUAAACUUUCCAAUCAGGAAUUCAGAAAAAAAGUUACUUUGGAACUGAAGCGAUAUGCUAAGGAUUCGUUACCCAGUACUGUACGCGCUGUAAUGAGAUUUCUUUUCAAAGAUAAAUUACUGAAUAUAUUUAGUUAUAAAGGACAAAAAGGAAAAAAGGUGUUCUACACAUUAACAAUAUGUUCAGUUAUAUUUGACUCCAUCAAGCUUAUGAAAAAAUUCCAUAAAUUUGAUACGAUCGAUGUAGAAGGGCCACUAAAGAUAUUCAUUUCGGGUGCUAAGUUCAGGGAUGUGCCGAAAACAAAAACUAAUCAAUCUAUGAAGGAUUGAAUAUUUUCAAUAUUAAAAUUUGUAAUCCAGAGAAUAUAAUUAUAAUAAUAAAUUGCUUUUGAAUUGUAGUACAAUAAAAGAAAAUUGGUGCUUAA